AUGCCCAGCUCGCCUGAGCACGUGAAGAAGCCGCUCUGGAAGGCCUUCACCACCGCCCGCCAGAACCGCAACCCUGGCAUCCUCCUUCCCGUUGUCCGUGAACAGCACGCCAAACCCGUCCACGGCGGUGUCCAAGAAGGCCUCGCAACCAAGAUCGCAACCCUCGAAACCACCUCCCUCUACCUCAUCACCAGCAAGGCGGAAGAGCAGGCUGACAUAGUCGACCUCCGAAACCAACUCGCCUCGAUUCAGUCGGAUGUCGAGAAGCUGAGGACCGCCUGCAACGACCUUGUCAAGAUCGUCCAGUACUUGACUCCCAACAUCUACGUGUAUGUCUUCGGCGUCCUCGCAGGGGGGGCAGUCCUGGGUCUGCAGAUCGCGAAUCUCUGCCACGCAGACCCCCGCUUCACUUUCUCCGCCGCCAUCGUCGGCCAGGUCGCUGCCCUCGUCGUCGCUGGAUUUGUCGUCUACUCUUGGUUCAAGACGCGCCCGCUCGCCGCGAACUUGGCCAUCUUGCCGGCUCCGGUGACGGCGCGUAACGUUUAG